UCCAGUCUUCUGGUGGCCUUAGCAAAGAUGAAAUUGAGAACAUGGUGAAGAAUGCAGAGAAAUAUGCAGAGGAAGACAGGCGAAGAAAGGAACGUGUGGAAGCUGUGAACAUGGCCGAAGGCAUCAUUCAUGAUACAGAGUCCAAGAUGGAGGAGUUCAAGGAUCAGCUGCCAGCAGAUGAGUGCAACAAAUUAAAGGAAGAAAUUGCCAAAAUGAGAGAACUUCUGGCUCGUAAAGAUACUGAAACAGGAGAAAACAUCAGGCAGGCAGCAACGAGCCUGCAGCAGGCUUCCUUGAAACUCUUUGAAAUGGCAUACAAGAAGAUGGCCUCUGAACGAGAGGGUUCUGCAAGUUCAGGUGAUCAGAAGGAAGAGAAGCAAUAAGAAGUCUCUGUCUUGCCUUGACCUAGAGUAUGAAGAAGAGGUCAAUUGUCUUGACGCUUGGGAAAGAAGGGACCUUCCUGAGCAGCAAUGGGCAGAAUUCAGACUUACUGUGUUUUUGCAGUAUUCUAUAUAUAAAAUUCUUUAAUGUAUAAACUUAGUGAUGUGUCUGCUAGAUAAAUUGUCACUUGAUGGAAGUUAAUUCAUGCCAGAUGAAGUUCUAAGUGUUAUGCCCGAGUGGUAUUCAACUGAGAUACCUGGGGACUUGCUGAUCAUUUAUUUCUGAUACUUGACACAAUGGUGUACUAAAUCAGAUAUCAAUGUUGGAAACCAUGUUGCUAAAUCAAAGGGUGGAAGUGGAAGUCCUG